AUGACCCCCAAGCCCGUCGGACCCCCGGACGGGGGCUGGGGCUGGGUGGUGGCAGCCACAGCCUUCGCGGUGAACGGGCUCUCCUACGGGCUGUUACGCUCCUUGGGCCUUGCCCUCCCUGACCUCGCCGAGCACUUUGACCGAAGCGCCCAGGAGACUGCGUGGGUCAGCGCCCUGGCCCUGGCCGUACAACAGGCAGCCAGCCCAGUGGGCAGCGCCCUCAGCACACGAUGGGGGGCGCGCCCGGUGGUGAUGGUUGGGGGUGUCCUUACCUCGCUGGGCUUCGUCUUCUCGGCUUUCGCCCGCAGUCUGGUGCACCUCUACCUCGGCCUGGGCCUCCUCGCAGGUUCCGGCUGGGCCCUGGUGUUCGCUCCAGCCCUCGGUACCCUCUCGCGUUACUUCUCCCGCCGUCGAGUCUUGGCUGUGGGGUUGGCGCUCACGGGCAACGGGGCCUCCUCGCUGCUCCUGGCGCCCGCUUUGCAAUUCCUCCUUGAUACUUUCGGCUGGCGGGGCGCCCUACUCCUCCUUGGCGCCAUCACCCUCCACCUCACUCCCUGUGGCGCCCUGCUGCGACCUCUGACCCUCCCUGGCGACGCCCCGGCCCCACCCCGCGGCCCCCUAGCUGCCCUCGGCCUGGGUCUCUUCACUCAUCGGGCCUUCUCAGUCUUUGCUCUGGGCACGGCCCUGAUUGGGGGCGGGUACUUCGUUCCCUACGUGCACUUGGCCCCCCACGCUUUAGACCGGGGCCUGGGGGGGUACGGGGCAGCGCUGGUGGUGGCUGUGGCUGCGGUGGGGGAUGCGGGCGCCCGGCUGGUCUGCGGGUGGCUGGCGGACCAGGGCUGGGUGCCCCUCCCGCGGCUGCUGGCCGUGUUCGGGGCUCUGACAGGGCUGGGGCUGCUAGUGGUGGGACUGGUGCCUGUGGUGGGGAGCGAGGGGGACUGGGGGGGUCCCCUGCUGGCCGCGGCUAUGGCCUACGGGCUUAGUGCCGGGAGUUUCGCCCCGCUGGUUUUCGGCGUGCUCCCUGGGCUGGUGGGCCUUGGAGGUGUGGUGCAGGCCACCGGGCUGGUGAUGAUGCUGAUGAGCCUCGGGGGGCUGCUGGGUCCCCCCUUGUCAGGCUUCCUAAGGGAUGAGACAGGAGACUUCACUGCCUCUUUCCUCGUGUGCAGCUCCUUCAUCCUCUCCGGCAGUUUCAUCUACGUGGGGCUGCCCAGGGCGCUGCCCUCCUGCCGUCCAGCCUCACCUCCCGCCACUCCUCCUCCUGAGAUGGGGGAGCUGCUCCCAGUCCCAGUCCCGCAGGUUGCCCUGCUCUCCCCAGGAGGCCCUCACUCUACUCUGGACACCACUUGUUGA